AUGGAACACGAAAUUCAUAAGGGAAUGGAGGCUAUAGUUGAGCAAUCUGGUGAUAACCGGGCUUCUGGUGAAGUAAAUGCUGAAAGUAAUGUACAUAGCCCUGCUUCUGUAACCGCAAAAGAUGGGUGUGAAUUUGCCCGGCGCCGGAUAUCGACACGGGGAAUACGAGGAUCGGUGCGGAGUCCAUAUUAUUCUCCCACUCGCUCAUCCGCAAUGUCUCCCGUUGGUAAUGGAGAAAAAGGUGACCAAGAGAAGGAGGAGGGUGAGGGUGCUGCUGAGCCGGAUGUGGUACCUGAUAUUGAUGUCAUUCCUCGAUAUCGCAGUCAUCCAAACAGGUCUCAGGGAAGUUUUUCACAUCUCACCUACAAUGUACAUUCACCAGCACACUCGCGUAUGAGCAGCUAUGAGCGUAUAUCAUGGGACUCCCAGGCGUGGAAAGAUGUUUUUCCAGAAAAUGCCUUCUUGGGUGAUCAGUCAAAGGAUCUCCUCCGUCUGCCACACUCUUCCAUGGAUUUUUAUCACGGCUCUCCCACUCAGCAAUGCCGCAAGCACGUCCGCUCCCUCGCGACGUGGGGCAAAGUUGAAGGAGAUGGCUCUCCAGAGUUGUUGGCGACGCGUAAUAGCUCCCCCAUGCGGCCAGCUGGGUGUCAAUCACUCGUUAGUACUCUGGAUGCUCUACCGGAACCAAUCUACGAAACUGCUCCAUUGGGUCAUCAACAUUGUUUCAGUCUCUCGAGUCGUAAAGACGCCGCAUAUCUGAAAACUGAGGCUGGAGGCGAAGCCACAGCUGUCACCAACGAGGCGGGAGAGCAACCAUCGAAGGGGCCUGCAAUGACACAUGUAUUGGUGGCGUUUAAAAGCUUGUAUGGAGUGUACUACGUUCCUGAAGCACAGUGGGGAACAAUUGGAAUUGGAGAUCUCGUAUCAGUGGAAAGUCACUCUGGGGAGAACACCGGGAAGGUUAUUUGUGAUUUGACACAUAUCAUGAGUGAAGCAUCGCACAUGCCAGCUGAAAUGGCUCAGUGUCCGAGACAUGUUCUGUGGCCGGAAGACGCAUCGGCCCCUCUAGAAACGAUUAACCCCAAAACAAAUGAGGAGGUACUGCAGCGUCUCCCCCGCGUACUACGAAGGGGAAUGAAUAAAGGUAAAAAGAGACUGUACUACGCCCGUCGACGCGAGAAUGAGGCUCUUGACGUCGGCAAUAGGCUCGUUCGGGACCGGAACUUCAAUUUGGCUCUCACCAGUGUAGAGUAUCAAGUCGAUUUCAAACGGAUAACUGUGUUUUGCAAGGGCGAUAGGUCGCACGUUGAUCCUUCCGAGGUUCUCAUCUUCUCGCAGCAACUGGCCUCCAGUCUCCGCGGCUCAAUUGUUAGUGUGGUGUUCGCCAACGAAAUUCCUGAGAGGUUGGAUGUUACGGGAUCUAUAACUAAAGCCGCCUUCCAGGAUAUAUACACCGAUGCACUAGCUAAGAUAAAGGAAGCAGAGAGUGCACAACCGCAGCGACAGGCAUCAUCAUCACCUGUGAGACAAUCCACAACAGCAGCAGGGGGGCCUCAUAACAACAUGCGCGCGUCACACAUUUACCCCGAUCCGCAAUUAGCCGCAAUGAACCAUACGCCUCUCAUGCCAUUUUAUGGUGUACCGCCUCCCUUUUCUCCACCCGUUGCGCCGGGAGCGCCACCCCUAAUGAAUGCAGUAGGUAUGAAUGGAUUAUAUGGAAUGACUGGAGUCCCUCCCAUGAAUUGGGGAAUGCCCACACCACCUCCUUAUAUUCCUCCACAUUUACCUCAAAAUGUACCGGGAAGAAUGUAA